AUGGCAAUAUCAUAAGCAACUUUGGUUUAAUUGUCCGGAAUCAAUGUUCUUUAGAAGAUUCAAUUCUUCUAUUUUAAGUAUAACCUGACAAUUUAAAAUAUUGAAAUAUCUAAAGAGUGA